AGUAUAUCUACUUUGUACCGUGAUCAACACCGCGCUGAUAAUGGCACGUUUUGGUUGUUUAGGUCGCCUUUGUUCUAGGAAACCAUUGUGUUAUAGAUACUUUGUAUUGUCAACCAUUGAAAGGAAAACUCGCUGCAAGAUAUUUUUAGCUUUCCGGGUACCUGCUUCAUCCACUUCGGUGGACUACACGAUUGGCAAUGCUGAAAUCCUUCUUCAGAACGGAUUCCGUUUAAGGGAGGGCGAAUUGGUAGCGGACAUAUCCGAGAGGUUAAAAAGAGGCUAUGUUAACCUGGACGGAGAGGGGUCAAGGGUACUUGACCACUAUGCCUCCAAUGGCAUGCUCUGCAUCCUCAAGCGGUACCAUCGUCCCGAGGAUGCAGUGAGUAUUCAUUUUGAGCAGCGAUGCAGCAACGAGAUAACUUCUGUACAGAAGCUGAGGAAAUCCAAACACGUGGUUACAUUCUUGGAAACGUUUGACUAUGACGGUUUUACUUAUUUUGCUAUGGAAUAUCUAUGGCGUGGCAGUUUAUGGUCACUGAUACGUCGUGUUGAUGCUUUGGACCUGGACACUGCCAAGUCAUUCGCUUUACAGUUAGCCAAUGCCAUAGGCGAUAUGCACUCUAAAUCCAUUGCUCAUCGUGACCUUACUUCUAGUAAUAUCAUGAUCGGUCCUGGUGGGCAACUUAAGAUAAUCGACUUUAAUUUGUGCAAGCCUAUAGCUUGCGGAGAUCACCGUAUGCACUCAUUUGUCGGGACCUACUGCUCAAUGCCUCCUGAAGUUUUACUCUGCAACCCUGAGAUCACAUCACCUGAGGCAAACGCCUACUACGGCCGGGAGGUAGACUGGUGGUACUUCGGGUCGUUGUUAUACGAGAUGCUUACGGGCAAACGGCCGUUUAUAACGGAUGACGGGGCCUCUGGGAGUGAAUUUUAUAAUACAGUAGCUCGGAGUCCAUCGUCCAUUGACUUUAGUGGCAUAAAGGACGCUGCGGCUCGUGACCUCGUGGAGCGCCUGUUGAAUGCAGUGCCCUCUGAGAGGCUGGGAUCAACUGGCGGUGUAAAGGCAGUGACACAGCACCAGUUCUUCAAGGGUGUGGAUACGCAACUAUCAUCGAUAUCGACUGUAACUGACUUCAUAGAUGCUCGUGUAUUUGAAUGCAUUAAGGUCAUUAUCUCCGAUGAUAAGGAUCCAUAAUAUCUGACCUAUAAUGCUGGUGCUAGCUGCGCUCCACUUUGUGAUGGUGUACGCAC